CAAAUUUAUAUGAGAUAGUUAUAGCUGAACUAUUAGGUUAUAAUAGGCAUAAUGCUAUUGGCAACCCUCUCCAUGUACUUUACAAUCUAUUGCAAGAUUACCAAACUCAAGUUGCAAUUACUUAUUAA